GAGAGGAGAUGAACAAUUCUUAUCAAGGAGGACCAAUGGCGUAUCAAACACCUCACCCCAUCCACUACAGAGUCCCCUCCCCUCUCCAACACCAGCCAUCAAUUCCUGUCCAGCAACAUCCUCCACAACCUCUCAUACGCCAACUAUCUGCCCCUGUACAAUACCAAAACCAGCCCCCUGUAUAUUACCAAGGCCCACCCUCUGCUCUGUAUCAAGCUCCUCCCGCUGUCCAGUCCCCAGCCCCUUCCCCAGCCCCUGUUGUAACCUCUCCUCCAGCCCCUGCCCCAACACCUGCCCCAGUUGUAACCUCUCCUCCAGCCCCUGCCCCAGCAGUACCUUCUCCUCCAGCCCCUGCCCCAACACCUGCCUCAGUUGUAACCUCUCCUCCAGCCCCUGCCCCAAGUGUAACCUCUACUCCAGCCCCUGCCCCAGCACCUGCCCCAGUUGUAACCUCUCCUCCAGCCCCUUCCCCAGAGCCAGCCCCUGCCCACCCCCUAGCCCCUGCCCCUGCCCCUGUCACCUCUUCAGCAGCCCCAGAGCCAACCCCAGCCACAACUCCAGCCUCAAACCCUGUGCCGCCACCACAGACUCCUGAGCCAGACACUGAGAGAAGCCAGUCUACAGUCAGUAAUGGGAGGAACACACCUGGGGGUACGAGAAAAGAGGUGACGUGGGAGGACCAGCAGAGGAAGGCUAAUGGUGCUUUGAAGGAUCCAUCCAAGCUGCAGACGCUGAAAGGCUCAGACACUGCCAAAUCCUUGGACAGUGAUGUUAGCGACGUGUCCGCUAUGCCAUGUGCUUCUCGGCUCAGCAGCAUGAGCCACAUGUCUAUCCAGUCAGAGACGGCAAAGGGAAGCCACAACAUCAGUGAGGGCCAGUUGGAGGUGGGGAUUUUGGCUGAGGUGGCUGAGGAAGUAGUGGGAGGAGCAGAAGGAGCCCGAGUGGGGGCAGAGGGGGGCGGAAGUGGGGCGGAGAGCGGGGAGGGGGCAGUGUCAGGGGAAGAGGAGGAGGAAGAAGACACAGCAGAGACCAAUGUCAUAGUCCCCUGUAGCUGA